AUGAGGUUGGGGAUCGAAAGGCAGCACCGUGCCUGGUCUCAGGCUGAGGAGAAGCUUCCCGUAGUGAGAAAAAAUGAUGAAUACAUUCAUUCACAUGAAAUGGUGUCCCACCUACCUCUGCAGAUGCUGCUCUACUUCAAUACCUACUAUUUUCCUUCCUGGUGGAUUUCUGAAGUUCUUAUGCUGGAGUUAAAGUACUGCUGGUUACCAGGCUACUACCAAUCUCUCCUGGUCAUUGGGAUGGUCAUCAUCACUCUUACGGAGGGCCUGAGACUCUACCUUGGUUAUGUAGGGAACUUGAAGGAAAAGGUUCCAGAGCUGGCUGGAUUCUGGCUCCUCACCUUCCUGUUCCAGCUCCCCAUUCUCCUGUUCUUCCUGACGGACGAGGCUAUCAUCAUCCUUCCACUGGAGAGGGCUGUCCACGUCAUCUACCUGCUCUUCCUCCUUUCUGAGGUGCUUGCAGCUUUCCUUGCACUCAGGGUGAUGACCUGGAAACUUACCCUGCAGUUCCACCUCAGUCAAUUCGAAGACACGGACAAAACCCUAGACAUCAACCAGUUGGUCCCCAUCCCACCAGGCAGAAGCAUAUUCCCCUGGACCAGAAAUAUUCAUGUUUAUUGA